AUGGAUAGCUAAAACACAGAAGAAUUAACUCCUGAGCAAAAGGCUCAAUUAGCAAAGUAAAAGAAAAAAGAAAAUGAAUUGAAAAAGAAAUAAGCUGCUGAAGAAUGGAAGAGGUAAUAAAUGCUUAAAAAGGAAUAGGAGGCUAAUUAAUAAAAUUCAAAUGAUACUACUGCAAAUUAAAAAGAAGCCUAAAAAAAUGCAGAAGUCUCUACUUCAAAAGAUACACCCAAAACAAAUUAAUAAGCUUCAAAAUAGGAAGCAGCAGCUCCUCAAAAAUCUCAAAAAGAAGAUGCAAAUAAUAAAUAAAAGCAAAACUAACAAGCUAACCAAAGUAGAAAUUAAAGAAUUUAGCAAUCAUUAAGCAAAACAAAUAAUCUGAUUUCUCAUUUGAGUACCUAUGAUCAAAUUAGCUUUAAAUAAAUUAGAGAAAAGUACUAAAAUCAUCCAUAUGCAAAUUCUUUACUCCAUCCAGCUCUUUUAGAAGUUGCUUUAAAAGUUAACUCUGGGCAAAUAGUUGGAUCUAACAGAAGAUGUCUUUCCUUUUUAGAUGCUCUUAAAAAAAUUAUAACUGAUUUUAAAGUAAAAGAAGGAGAUGUCUUUUAUAAAGAAUUAACUAACUGUAUAGAUAGUUUAUAUAGCUUUUUAGAAACAUUCAGAGCUCAUCCUGAAGGUUUGAAAACAGCAUUCAAAUACGUUAAAAAUAUUGUUAGCUACCUUGUUAAAUCAACAAUAUCAAUUGAGCCUUAAAAGAAAUGGAUUAAUCAAUAAAUCGAUGUUUUCAUCAAAUAAAAGAUAUUAAAUGCCCAAGAAUUAAUGAUUUAAACAGGAUUAGAAUUAAUAAAAAAUGGUGAUGUCAUCCUUGUUUAUGCAAGAUCUCAAGUAGUUGAAAAUUUACUCUUGACAGCUUUUAAAAAGGGAAAAUAGUUUACUGUUAUUGUUGUAGAUAAUCCUCCAUUCCAUGAAGGAAAACUUUUAUUGUAAAAGUUAAGCGAAGCUGGCAUUGAAACUAUUUAUACACUUCUUUCAAACAUUCCUUAUUUCAUUAAAAAAGCAUCAAAAAUAUUUGUUGGAGCUUAAUCUAUGCUUACUAAUGGAGCCCUUAUUUCUAGAGUUGGUACUGCUCUCCUCGCUUGUGUUUCUAGAGAUUUUAGAACUCCUUUCCAUGUUUUUUGUGAAAGUUAUAAAUUUUCAGAAAAGAGCUAACUUGAUUCUCUUUCUUAAAAUGAAUUAUGUCUUUAAAAGAACUAAGAAGGUACUGAAUAACAAUAGGCUCAUCAAUACCUUAAUAUAAAUUUAAGAUACGAUUUAACUCCUUGCGAAUAUGUUAAUAUGGUUAUCACAGAAAUAGGCCCAGUUCCUCCUACCUCAGUUCAUGCUAUUAUAAGAGAAUUUACUAGUUAUGACUAUGUUGGUAAAAUAGAACUUCCUAGCGAAUGA